UCUGCCGGAGGCUGGAAAAAGUUCGCAUAAAUUAUUCCGAUAAGGCUUGGGGCGGGACUACGCAUAAAUUAGACAAAUGAGCCAAGGAGGGAUGGGAGGCCGGUACGAAUUAGCCUAAGUUAUUAAAGAUGGCGGCGGAGCGCAGUCGCUCCCCUAUGGACUCGCCGGUCCCGGCCUCUAUGUUCGCCCCGGAGCCUAGCUCCCCGGGGGCAGCCAGGGCCGCGGCGGCUGCCGCCCGGCUACACAGUGGUUUCGACUCAGACUGCAGCGAGGAUGGCGAGGCGCUUAACGGCGAGUCGGAGCUGGACCUCACCAGCAAGCUGGUUCUAGUGAGCCCUACAUCAGAGCAGUAUGACAGCCUACUUCGGCAGAUGUGGGAGAGGAUGGACGAGGGAUGCGGAGAGACCAUAUAUGUCAUUGGGCAGGGAUCAGAUGGGACUGAGUACGGGCUGAGUGAAGCUGACAUGGAGGCCUCCUACGCCACAGUGAAAAGCAUGGCAGAACAGAUAGAGGCCGAUGUCAUCCUCCUGCGGGAACGGCAAGAAGCUGGGGGCCGUGUGCGUGAUUACCUGGUCCGGAAGCGAGUAGGAGACAAUGACUUCCUGGAGGUCAGGGUCGCAGUGGUGGGCAACGUGGAUGCCGGCAAAAGCACGCUUCUGGGUGUCCUGACGCACGGGGAGCUGGACAACGGCCGGGGCUUUGCCCGCCAGAAGCUCUUCCGCCACAAGCACGAGAUCGAGUCUGGUCGCACCAGCAGUGUGGGCAACGACAUUCUGGGCUUCGACAGUGAAGGCAACGUGGUGAACAAGCCGGACAGCCACGGCGGCAGCCUGGAGUGGACCAAGAUCUGUGAGAAGUCCACCAAAGUGAUCACCUUCAUCGACUUGGCUGGCCACGAGAAGUACUUGAAGACCACGGUCUUCGGCAUGACGGGCCACCUGCCCGACUUCUGCAUGCUCAUGGUGGGCAGCAACGCUGGCAUCGUGGGGAUGACCAAGGAGCACCUGGGCUUGGCAUUGGCACUCAAUGUGCCUGUUUUUGUGGUGGUCACCAAGAUUGACAUGUGUCCUGCUAACAUCCUGCAAGAAACCCUGAAGCUGCUGCAGCGCCUGCUGAAGUCGCCAGGCUGCCGGAAGAUCCCUGUGCUGGUGCAGAGCAAGGACGACGUGAUCGUCACGGCUUCCAACUUCAGCUCUGAGAGGAUGUGCCCCAUAUUCCAGAUCUCCAACGUUACAGGCGAGAACCUGGAUCUGCUGAAGAUGUUCCUGAACCUCCUCUCCCCCCGCACCAGCUACCGGGAGGAAGAACCUGCAGAGUUUCAGAUCGAUGACACUUACUCUGUGCCGGGUGUGGGGACAGUGGUGUCGGGGACAACACUCAGGGGCCUGAUCAAGCUGAAUGACACGCUGCUACUGGGCCCAGAUCCUCUGGGAAACUUCCUGUCCAUUGCUGUCAAAUCGAUCCAUCGCAAGCGCAUGCCUGUCAAAGAGGUGCGGGGGGGCCAGACGGCCUCCUUCGCGCUGAAGAAGAUUAAGCGCUCGUCCAUCCGGAAGGGCAUGGUGAUGGUUUCCCCACGUUUGAAUCCCCAAGCGUCCUGGGAGUUUGAGGCUGAGAUCCUUGUCCUCCACCACCCCACCACGAUUAGCCCGCGCUACCAGGCCAUGGUGCACUGUGGGAGCAUCAGGCAGACGGCCACCAUCCUGAGCAUGGACAAGGACUGUCUGCGCACUGGGGACAAGGCCACCGUGCACUUCCGCUUUAUCAAGACCCCUGAGUACCUACACAUAGACCAGCGGCUGGUGUUCCGGGAAGGCCGCACCAAGGCUGUGGGCACCAUCACCAAGCUCCUCCAGACCACCAACAACUCCCCGAUGAACUCCAAGCCUCAGCAGAUUAAAAUGCAGUCAACGAAGAAAGGCCCCCUGAGCAAACGAGAAGAUGGGGGCCCGUCUGGAGGGCUGGCGGUAGGGGUGCCCCAACCUGGAGAUGAAGCUUGCUCUCUAGGGGCGUCGCAGUCAGCUGUGUCCAGCAGUCUCCAGCCAAUGUCCAAGCCCAGCAGUGGGGGCCGGCGACGAGGGGGCCAGCGUCACAAGGUGAAGAACCAGGGGGCCUGUGCGACUCCUGCCAGUGGCUGCUGAAUUUCCUCCGCCUCCCUUCCCCACCCGAGGGGUUCUCAGCCUCUGGGCCGAAGCAGCCCCAUGCCCACCCUCGGGCCACAGCCGGGAGCUCACCAUUCCCCGCCCCCUGGUUUCCGGGGGCUUUGUAAUUUAUAAGCUGAGGAAGGCGGCCAGACUUCUGCAGUGCUGACCACCUCCUACCCUCUCACCCACCUUCUUCCUCACUCAGAUUUUGUACCUCCGGGCCCUUAGUUUUUAUUCUUUUUAUUUCCUCUCGUGUGUGCGUGGUGCAGGAGUGGGCGCUCAGACCCUGGCAGUCUUUCUUCUUCCUACCCCUCUCCAGCACCACUGGCUGCCUGUCCAUUCAUCUGUCUGUCCAUGUGUCUCUGUGAGAACCGUUAGGGGCUGGAAGGGGCCGAAGGGUGCCAGGGGCGCCUCCGUGGAGCUGACCGCUGGGCUGGGGUUGCAGGUGUAAGUGCUGCCGCUGCGGCCUCCCAGAACCUCCUUCCGGGAUUCGGACUCCCAGCAGGGUGGGCGGUGCUGGCUUCCUCUUCUCCCAGCUCUUCCUUAAACCCUAAGGCAGACAAUGCUGAAACCUCUGAAACUGUAACCUGUAGGUGUACAGAGGGAGAGGUGAUUGGAUUGUGGGCGUGUCCUCCCUGUCCCUAGCCCCGACCCUUGCCACUAACCCAGAGACAGCCGGUGGCUUUUCCUUCCGCUUGGACAUGAGCCUGGGUUCGCCUGCCUGCUCGGCCGGUCUGUCUGCUGAGCGGGAGCCGCCGGGAGCCGCCUCCUGCUGGGACUCAGUCUCACUGGCUCUCAGGUCACCUGCUUGGGGUCAUGCUGCUUUUGUUGGGCAUCAGGUGCUCCUCUGAGCCAGACCGGGCCUGGAACCCCUGCUUCCUGCCACGCCCCUGCCACGCCCCUGCCACACCCCUGCCACACCCCUGCCACAUGGCCCCAGCGCAGCAGUGAAGGGCCCAGCCCCCAAGUUUGGGAGGCCUGACUGAGGUGCAGUGAAGGCAGGUAGGGGGCCGUGAAUGCGACUCCUCUAGGCCCAACACAGAGCAGUAAGCGUUCCGCAAGGGUUGCCACCUGGCGUGGGGAUGGGGCUGCCCAGCCAGAGAUGGCAGCACAGGCCCUGGGCCAGCCUGGUCUGAGCUGGGGGCUGAAGCCCCCAGUUUAGGGCGGGCUGAUGAAUGCAUGUGUGCCCUUUCUCUGGCUGAGGCAGACGCCCAGCAGGCUGGGUCCUUCCUCAACCUCACCUCCCUCCUUCCUUCUGUCCCCAGCCUUUCUCCUUCCCUUCCCCUCCCUGACUGCUGGUCCCUUCACCUGCCUCCUCCCAGCUCUACUUAACUGCUGACCUGGGGUCGUCCGUGCAGGGACCAGACCAGCACAGGAAAUAGUCUGCUCCCCAUCCAGCCCCUCAAGGUGGCAGUGCUGCCACUGGGAACGCUGUUGCUCUGCCUGCCCUGCGCCCCUGUCUCUGGCAGGCGCCCCCAGGCUCCUCCGGGCAGGCAGGCUUGGCUUCAGCACCCAGGCUCUCCCACCAGCUGUGACCCGGGGCGCCUUGCCAACCUUCUCUGAGCUUCAGUUUCGUCCUUCACAUUAAGAGGUAAAUGCUUUUGAGGGUCAUAACGACUCAGGAAGAGGAUGGAUGUGAGGCCCUGGUGUGUCCGGCAUGGGGGAGGCACCUGGUGAGUGGUCAGCACCCUGGUCACCACUCAUGCUGGUUUCCAAGUCUGCAGCAGAGGCCACAGGCAGGGGACAGACUUGAAAGGAGAAGUGUGGCAAUGACAUGUCUCUUGUGGUGUGGCUGGGGCUGGGCCACGUGUCUCACUGACUCCAUGGGCUUUGAGGGAAGUGGUGGUUGGUCCAUUGUUCUAGAUAAGGAAACUGAAUCUCAGAGGAGCAGGGCUACCAGCCAGUGGGAGGCUUCCGCCCCCGCCCCCAGCGGAUCCCUGCAGGCCGCAGUGUGUCUGGCCUCUGCCUGUUCCUUUGUCUGCUGGCUGCUUCCCCCUUGCUUUUGUCUCUGGUUCUGCUUACAGGGGCUGCUGCCCUCAGACGCCUUCACAACUGCAGGGCUCCAGGGUUAGGCUCCCCCUGCUCUGUCCCCACGGCGGGUGCUGUGGAAUUCGUGUUUCCAGGGGGCGGGGCCAUGGUGGAGCCCCAGAACAGGUGGGACCCCGUUUUGUGUGAACUCUUUGGCCCCUGUGAGCAUAACCACUGUAUGUUUGGAAGCUGCAGCCUCCACCCGGCCUCUCCCCUCAGAUGCAGGAGGCUGGUCUGGAUCUUGGUGGUCCUCAGGCCACGUGGACUAGCAGGGCUGGCUGAUGGCAGCCCUUUACUGCCCUCAGUAGGGACUGCGGAGUUCCCUGGGGGGUCUCAGCCCUACCAGCUGUCCAUUUGGAACAAAACACCAGCCCUUUUGUAGUUGACAAAAGAAUAAACUUGUUAAUCUGA